CGUGCCAUUCCGUUGUGCUGCCAAGUCAAUCGGUGGGUCAAUCGAAUCAAUGCUGAAAACAUUCAGUUAUCGAUGAAAUGGAUCGGCUCCUGCUAACACGAUACCAAUCGCGAGUGAAUACGUAGUUGCAGCAAACUGCGACAAGAGUCGAACAUUUAUUACACGCGAACUGAUCCGUAUAGUUGUGCUAUGACUCAAACCCUCAAGGACACCAUGAAGUCGGCAGCAAUUUACUUUCUCGUAAUUUGUGCGUUCCUGUUCACCUCGUUCUAUACUGUGACCUCUGACGUGGCCGUAUCUCGACCAUCCGCGGUUUUACCAGGAACAGAAAACACCGUAGUGCCCGGGAACCAUGUCAACACAUCCUCCACCGUUCCAGCCGGUGAUACAGCGUCCGCACCGUCUGCUGCACCGAUUCCAGUUCUGACGACAGACGUGAAGAACGGCACCGUGAUCAACAGCGCAUCCACGUUGCUGGCCACUGCAACGGCAGCAACCGUCACGGGCAUCAACGGCAAUAGUAGCGCCAACCACACAACAGCCGCCUCGGUUACCAUGUCACCGGAGAAGAGCGCUGUGGAGCAGGAGCAUUACAGCUCGAUGUCAAUAUUUUUCGUGCUUUGCGUAAUUGCCCUAGGUAUAUUACUAAUCCACAUGAUGCUGCAAACAGGAUUCCAGUAUCUACCGGAGAGUAUUGUCGUCGUGUUCUUGGGUGCCCUGAUUGGGCUGAUUUUGAACGUUUCCUCCGUCAAGCACAUCGCCAACUGGGAACGCGAAGAAGUGUUCUCUCCUACAGCGUUUUUCCUCGUGCUGCUUCCACCGAUCAUUUUCGAGUCCGGCUACAACUUGCACAAGGGAAACUUCUUCCAGAACAUCGGCUCGAUACUGGUGUUUGCCAUUAUCGGCACGACCAUUUCGGCAUUGGUAAUCGGUUCUGGGGUUUAUCUCCUUGGACUAGCGGAAGUCGCUUACCGGUUAAACUUUGUUGAGUCUUUCGCGUUCGGAUCGCUUAUUUCAGCCGUCGAUCCCGUGGCUACAGUUGCGAUAUUUCACGCUCUGAACGUAGAUCCCGUGUUAAACAUGCUGGUGUUUGGCGAAUCCAUCCUAAACGAUGCUAUUUCAAUUGUCCUCACAACUACGGUGAUGCCGAUGGUAUCCGAUUCAGGCACGAACGCCGGAACCGGUGAAUCAAUCUUCUCCGCGCUCAACACCUUCUGCAUGAUGUUUUUCGCAUCGGCCGGCAUUGGCGUCGUGUUUGCGCUCAUGAGUGCGCUACUGUUGAAACACAUCGACCUGAGGAAACAUCCGUCGCUCGAGUUUGGCCUGAUGCUGGUAUUCACCUACGCCCCGUAUGUGCUAGCCGAGGGGAUUCAUCUAUCGGGCAUUAUGGCGAUCCUGUUUUGCGGAAUCGUAAUGUCACACUACACGCAUUUCAACCUCUCUACGGUCACGCAAAUUACGAUGCAGCAGACGAUGCGAACGUUGGCCUUCAUUGCAGAAACGUGCGUUUUCGCCUACCUUGGGCUUGCUAUCUUUUCUUUCAAGCAUCGCUGCGAGCUGUCGUUUGUAAUUUGGGCGAUUGUGCUGUGUCUGAUUGGACGGGCUUGCAACAUAUUCCCCCUGGCCUGGCUCGUAAACAGAUUCCGCGAGCAUAAGAUCACCAACCGCAUGGCUUUCAUAAUGUGGUUCUCGGGGCUACGCGGGGCCAUCUCGUACGCGCUUUCGCUGCACAUGCAGUUUUCUACAGAAGAAUCACGGCAUGUCGUCAUCACAACCACGCUCAUUAUCGUACUGUUCACGACGCUUUUCUUCGGCGGUUCAACGAUGCCACUGAUGAAAUACCUCCAGGGAGGUAAGAAGGUAAAGCGAACGUCUCGCACAGGCCGUGUAGGACGCAAACGGAAGGAGAAGGCGCUCUCGCUGAGUAAAACUCGCGAAUGGGGCCAGGCUAUUGAUUCCGAGCACCUUUCCGAGCUGACUGAGGAGGAAGAAGUCAGCUUUACGCAAUCAAGGAUCGGAGGGUUCACUCGGUGGGAUCGUAAAUUCUUCACGCCUUUCUUUACGCGGCGCUUCACCCAUCAGGAGCUGCAUGAUUGCAAGAGCCAGAUGGCGGAUUUGACCAACAAAUGGUACCAAGCGAUUCGGAUAUCUCCCGAUGAUCCGGACGAAGAGGACGAAGACGAUGCGGAUGCAGAUGCUGUUUCUGAGCGAUCGACUACAAACAUAGUGUUUCCCGGUCCCAGUAGUCGAAGUGCGAAAUCCUGAUCCAACGAUGUCCCUGGGCAAGCAAUUCGCUCCCUACCGAUCGCCACAUCACCAACGUCGUCAGUAACGGAUCCUGCUACCGACAACAAUGGAACUGAUUGCCUCCCGGGUAAUGAUGGAUUGUAUGAUACAUCUCCGCUUCAUACGGUUGAUUUUCUGUAGGUUGUUGUCUUGGUGCUGAACUCGUGAGUGCUGUGAAACAUUAUACGGUUAUACCAUACGUAAAAAUUACAGAAAAUAUUAGCUAGAUACAAGUAAGAAACAUUGAAAAAGGAGAUGCGAUCCCUUUCAAAUUUUAAUACAUGCAUACACAAAUUACAGGUAUGUAAAUUUUAUGUAAUGGUGAUAAUUCGCUAGUCAUAUGUAGGGGCACCAAAAUGUUAUUAUUUAAGAAAAAAAAAUCAUUUGCUGGUUUACAGGACCAAAUUUUACAAUGCAUUCGAUAUAUGCUUCAACUAAUGUCGAAUUUUAGCGCACAUAGCUUGGGUUGUAACAGGUAUAUAUUGCAGCAAAGAUUUGUUAAUAUUACUCGAAUUUCUUAUUGACCACGCUGAAGGCAUGCGUCGUUCAUUUAAACAUAAAAUAAUCAUCAAAGAAUCUUUCACACUCUAUCUCUAAUUAUUUUGAGGGCUUUUACAAAGCAGCGUACUGGUCAAACGUUUCCUCUUCUGAAAAUCUGAAGCCAUGUUAAAGAUUUUAGUCCAAUUUUGUCUUCGCCUCUAUGGUAUCGUUACAAUAAACUUAGCUGUUUCGCAACUGAGGCAGUAACAACCGUGUUAUGAGGUAUUUCUCUCCAGCGUGUAAUUAUUCGAGCGGCGCUUUGCAAGCAUUAAUUGUACCUUGCUAUUAAGAUAAGAUAAGGCUACAGGCCACGUCGUGCACCAUAACACAACACCGCCCAAUAGCUGCAACCGUAGGUAAUUCCAUGUUUACCCCCAAAGCAUGUUAUGAAUUUUG